GCACCACCCGCUCCUGGCCUCUCUCUCUCUGCCCCCGCUCGUGGUGUGCUAGUGGCGCUGCUGCUGCUGUUGCUGUUCUUGGCGUCUGGUUGCAAACUUGCAAUCCCCCCUCUUCUUCUCUCUACCGCGACCGGGAGGCGGUGGAGGGGAAAGGCCGGCGGGCGGGCGGGAUGAUGAAGAUGCGGUGGUGGCGCGCCGACGCGUCGGAGGUGAUGGCGGUGACGGCCAUGGGCGUGUGGGAGGCCGUGCUCGCCGGCGGCGGGAGGAGGUUCAUCAAGCGCAAGGACAGCGACGCCGGCGAGACAGGCCGGGCACUAGAGGAGUUGCGGAGCUCCUUGUACAAUGAAAUGCAUAGUUCAGAAAGCGCUAAACGCCAGCAGAUGCGAUUUUGUGGACCAAGUGUUUCAUUGACAUUCAAUUUCGCUGUUGCUGUUGGGAUCAUCAUGGCAAACAAAAUGGUGAUGGGGAGUGUUGGAUUUAAGUUCCCGAUUGCGCUUUCGUUAAUUCAUUAUGCAGUCGCAUUUGUUCUAAUGGCCACUCUUAAGACAUUUUCCUUGUUACCUGUCGCCCCGCCGUCGAAAUCCACUCCUUUCUCAUCUAUAUUUGCUUUGGGUGCUGUAAUGUCCCUCUCCACUGGGCUGGCCAACCUGAGCUUGAAGCAUAAUAGUGUAGGUUUCUAUCAAAUGGCUAAGAUUGCUGUAACCCCAACAAUUGUGGUAGCAGAAUUCAUGCUUUCCCAGAAGAAGGUUUCCACUCAGAAGGCUAUCACACUGGCAGUUGUAUCAUUUGGAGUGGCUGUAGCAACAGUUACCGAUUUAGAGUUCAACUUCUUUGGCGCUUGUGUAGCAUUAGCAUGGAUUGUCCCUAGUGCUGUGAAUAAGAUCUUUUGGUCAAGUUUGCAACAAAGUGGAAAUUGGACCGCCCUCGCGCUGAUGUGGAAGACUACUCCAAUUACGAUAUUUUUCUUAUUGACAUUGAUGCCUUUGUUGGAUCCCCCGGGUUUGUUGUUGUUCAGUUGGAAUUUCAGAAACAGCUGUGCUAUUAUCAUCUCUGCGCUGUUUGGUUUCCUUCUUCAGUGGUCUGGUGCUUUGGCACUCGGUGCGACGUCAGCUUUGUCCCACGUUGUGCUGGGCCAGUUCAAGACCAUCGUCAUCAUGCUCUCCGGCUACCUGAUCUUCGGCUCCGACCCUGGGAUCACCAGCAUCUGCGGAGCUGUGGUCGCGCUCGGCGGCAUGUCGUUCUACACCUACCUGGGUCUGAAGAAAGACUCGGCGACCAGCGGCAAGAAAGCGCCGUCGAGACAGAACUCCUUCAUGGCGAAGCCUAAAGUCGCUGCAGACAAUGAUAGCGCGGAUUCAGAACAAGAAGAUAACGUUUAGGUUGGGAAACUGUCAUGUAGGUGAUUUCGUCACCGCCCUGAUCCGUGUGCUCGGUUAAUCUCUGUUUGUUGUAAUCGGUCGGUGACCGAAUCCAUUGUACAUAAAAGAACAUGUAGUAUCAUUCUUGAUGGUUUACGGAUUGUCGUCUAAUGCUAUACAUUAGUGGCAAGGAGGUAGGGUCACUGCUGGUGCUGGGGGUCCAAGUGUGAAUGAUGGAUGCUGCUUUGCUGGACAGUUGAGAGUUGAGAGGUACUAGCUGCUCCUAAUUUGUACCCUUUGACAUUCGUGCAGCGUUCGCGGGUGGUUUCUUUUGA